AUGACGACUGAGAAUGCGUUUAGAGAGGCAGGCAAGAAAGCCGGACUCGAAGCUUGGCGUAUUGAAGACUUUAAACCCAUAGUAGUACCAUCUACUGAACAACAUAAAUUGUACAGUGGUGACAGCUAUAUCUUUCUCAAGACGAAUGAAACAUCAACUGGACUGACGCGGCACAUUCAUUUCUGGCUGGGCAAAGACUCAUCAAUGGACGAGAGUGGCGUCGCUGCCUACAAGACCGUGGAACUCGAUGACUCAUUAGGCGGCGUGCCUGUACAACAUCGUGAGUGUCAAGGCUAUGAGUCGCCUUUGUUCUUGUCAUACUUUAAAGCUACAGGUUUGCAGUACCUAAAAGGAGGUGUUGUUAGUGGAUUUAAUGAAGUGAAGCGUGAUGAAUACGUAACUUGUCUGUACCGGAUCAAGGGCAAGCACACGGCUCGUGUUGAGCAGGUGCCAUUGCAGAGCUCGUCUUUAAAUGUGGAUGACGCCUAUGUACUUGAUGCUGGACUUGAGCUUUACGUGUACGCUGGUAAGGAAGCCAACCGUCUUGAGAAGGCAAAAGCACUGGAGUUUGUUAGCAAGACGAGAGAGGCACGUGGUGGUCGUCCCAAUAUCACGUUCAUUGACGAGGAGCCAAAGAAUGCGGCGUUCUGGAAAGCUCUCGGUGGCUUCACGACUGUGACACGUUCGGGUGUGUCCGACGAAUACUAUGAGAAUGCAGUCAAGAAGAAUACUACUGUACUUCGUGUGAGCGGAUCCGGUGACGACAACGUGCAGGUUGCUAAUGUGACGCCGUCGUCGGGCGUGCUCACCAAGGACAUGUUAAAGACUGAGAACGUGUUUAUUAUCGACGUCGGCAACGAGGUGUUUGUGUGGGUAGGCAAGGCUGCGUCGGAGAGCGAGCGCAAGAAUGCUUUAGCGAUCGCUGUGCACUAUUUGAAAAAGGAAGGCCGUCCGUCGCACACGCCUAUCACUCGUGUUGUGGAGGAGGGUGAGACACCCGUAUUCACUUUAUUAUUUAAGGCUUGGACUGAGCCCAAGGUGCUUAAGUUUGGCUAUCAGCUGAGUCAGGGCGUUGCUAGGAUGCAAAACGAUAAGCAAGUUAAUGUGAAGGAAAUGGUGAAGUCAGCCUUGCAGUCAGAGGAGGAUAUUGGCGUAGAUCCGAAUGGAGAUGGCAAACACGAAGUUACGGUGUGGCGUAUUGAAGAACUGGCGAAGGUGGGUGUGCCGAAAGAGCAGUAUGGUCAUUUUUACAAUGGUGACAGCUACAUUGUUCUGCAUGUGGUAACUCCGUCCAGUGGCAAGCCUACCCAGGUGAUUUACUUUUGGCAGGGACGCUCGUCGACGAUCGACGAGAAGGCUGCGUCUGCCAUCCUGUCAACCUUUUUGGAUGACAGCCUUGGUGGUGCCCCCGUUCAGGUCCGUGUGACACAAGGCAAGGAGCCAGCACACUUCCGUGCAUUGUUCAAUGGAAGGAUGAUCGUGCACGCUGGUGGCAAGGCUAGUGCUUUUGCCAACCGUGACGACGAAGAUUCUUACGACACGGAUGGAGUUUCCCUGUACCAGAUCAAGGGCACCAGCGCAAAAAACACGAUGGCGGUGCAGGUAGAUGAGAAGGCCUCAAGCCUCAACUCUGGCGAUUGCUUUGUCCUAGUGACUCCCAGUAUGGUGUACGAGUGGCAGGGUGCUGGAAGUAGCUCUGCUGAGCGUGAGAUUGCAUCCAAGAUUGCCUCUAUUUUGAAAAAGAGCCGCGAGACUGAGGUUGUCGAGGAGGGCAGCGAAGCAAAGGAGUUCUGGGACUUCCUUGGCGGUAAGGGCGAGUACGCGACGUCGAAAUCGUCUUUCGAGGCCCCGCACGAUCCCCGCCUGUUCCAGUGCUCAAACUCGUACGGGUACUUUGAUGCGCGUGAGAUCGUCAACUUUGCGCAAGAUGAUCUUAACACGGACGACGUGUUUAUCCUGGAUACGUUCACAACUCUAUAUGUCUGGAUCGGUGCCGGUGCGAAUGAGUCUGAGAGGCGCGAGGCUAUGUCACUUGCUGAGAAGUACCUAGCUGUUGCCCAGAGCGACGGCCGUGGGAAGGGCGCAUCCAUUGUGGCGGUCCACUGCAACAGCGAGCCCCUCAUGUUCACGAGCAACUUUUUGGCCUGGGACAACGAGUUUUUCAUAAAGAAUGAGUUCUUGGAUCCUUACGAAGCCCGUCUGAAAAAGCUGAAGGCCGAAAAGGAAAAGAACACACCGAAAGAUCUUCCUGGUACGGUUACUAACGAAAAGAUCCGCGAGAAGGAGACCCCUACAUCUGUCCCGGUUGCGUCAAAGGCUGUUCCUGUUCUGCCUUUGAAUGCCCAUGUUCCAGAGGCUGCGCCCAUUUCGUCAGAGACCACGCCGGCAUCACCCAAGGCCGCGCCCGUUUCGUCGAAAGCCACUUCGGCAUCAAUAAAGGCUGCGCCCAUUUCGUCUAAGGCCACUCCAGCAUCACCCAAGGCUGCGCCCAUUUCGUCGAAGGUUACGCCGGCAUCACCCAAGGCCGCGCCAAUUUCGUCGAAGGCCACUACGGCAUCACCCAAGGCUGCGCCCAUUUUGUCGAAGGCCACGCCGGCAUCACCCAUGGCCGCGCCAAUUUCGUCGAGGGCCACUACGACAUCCUUUGAGGCCAUGCCGGCAUCACCCAAGGCUGCGCCCAUUUCGUCGAAGGCCACACUGGCAUCACCCAAGGCUGCGCCAAUUUCGUCGAAGGCCACGCCGGCAUCACCCAAGGCCGCGCCAAUUUCGUCGAGGGCCACUACGGCAUCCUUUGAGGCCACGCCGGCAUCACCCAAGGCUGCGCCCGUUUCGUCGAAGGCCACGCCGGCAUCACCCAAGGCCGCGCCAAUUUCGUCGAGGGCCACUACGGCAUCCUUUGAGGCCACGUCGGCAUCACCCAAGGCUGCGCCCGUUUCGUCGACGGCCACUUUGGCAUCAAUCAAACCUGCACCAGGAUCCUCACGGGCUACUUCUGUACCCACAGCUGGAAAGGCCACCGGUCGUGCUGGCGAGACUUUCUCUUACGAGCAGCUGAAGGCUGGUGUUGAAGGCAUCGAUAUUACUGUGAAAGAGAAUUACCUCACGGACGCUGAAUUUCAGACCGUAAUGGAAAUGAGCAAGGAUGAGUUUGCCAAGCUUCCCAAGUGGAAAAAGCAGGCUAAGAAGAAAGAGACUGUGACACCGCUCGAGACUGUCUUAUUGGGCCCAAAGCUCGCACCUUCCACACCCAGCGGUGACGGAGUGCUAAGCCAUGCGCUUGAUCUGCUAGCACUCACAGAAAAGGAUGUUUUGUUUGAUUUGGGUUGCGGUGACGCGCGGAUAUUGGUCCAUGCAGCCGAUAAGACCGGUGCAAGAUGUGUUGGUGUGGAAUAUAAUGAAGACCUGGUGAAGCGAGCACUAACACGUGUUGAGGAGCAUGGAGUAAAAGAGCUCGUGGAUAUUCGACAUGGUGAUGCACUAAAGGUCGAUCUUACGACAGCUACAGCUAUGUUUCUCUAUCUUGUCCCACAAGGAAUCAAGAUGCUGUUGCCAAAGUUAGAGGAAGCGCGGGAGCUACACGUACGUAUCGUAACGUACGUUUUUUCGAUCCCAGGCUGGAAACCUGAUGAUCAGCGCAUCUACAAAGGCACCAGAGUCUAUCUAUACAAUUCACCAGCAGAAAAACACUAG